GACGAAAUUCGAUGAAAUUCUGAGUCUUGUCCGUGUGCUUGUCUGAUUAGCUUUCGUUCUCUCAGUAGAAAAAUUUGUAGAAAAUAUCACACACAUAAAAAAUAACAAAAAAAAAAAUGAACAUAUUUUUGUAAAAUAUAACAAAAAAGGAAGACACUGUGUGCGCGUAUAUUUUGUGGGUUCGCUUUUUCUAAGACAGUGUUUUUGUGUAAUAAUUUAAAACUCGGCCGAAAACGCAUCGCAAAGAGGACAAACAAAAGACAAUAACAAAUUCGCAGCGCGAGUGUCCGUGUGUGUACGUGCGUGUGAGUGUGUGCAGGUGCCAAAAGAACGAGGAGAUAAACAAAUAUCCAAUUGGAUCGUUGGAGCUUUGUUGCUAUUCAGGGCAUCUAGGGCAGCAGCGGAACUCAGGCGCAGCGGAGCCGCCCAAUUGCAGCCGUAGAAAGCGUUGGUGCGGGCACCAUGGACUCGCUCAAGUUACCAAAGGCCAACAGUGCCACCAGCAGUGCCAGCGGCAGCAACAGCAACCUUUCCGGUUCGACAUCUGCGUCCGCAUCUGCAGCCACAUCGCCCACAUCUUCGGGAAACAAUGCGGCUGGUGGUAUCCUCACAGGUGCCCCCAAAUCGCCGCCGGGCCUGAGCAGCAGCACACCGAUCACAGUGCGAUUUAACGCCAACGAGGAGUCCCUGGACGACAUCCUGCAGUCCUUCCAUCACAGCAAGCACAGUCCCAGUGGAGGAGCGAGUGGCGGGGGCGAUGCCUCGCCCACCUCGAAUCUUCUCGGGAUGAAGAACAACGGCCUGGGACUCAACACCGGAUUGGUCGUGGGCGCCUGCGAAUCCCUCUCCAGCAGCCCCUCCCAGCCACAGAUGCAGGGCGGAUCCGCGUCCCUCUUCGGCAACGACGAAGUAACUAUGCGCAAUAAUUUCCUGCAAGGUGGCGGCUUCUUUAAUCGCAAAAGUUGCGGCGGCCUGCCGAAUCUCAAUCUCAACAAGCCGCCCCAGCUCCACCAGCAUCAGCAACAUCAGCAGCAGCAGCAACAUCAACAGCUUCAGCAACAUCAGCAACUUCAGCAGCACCAGCAGCAACUGUCGCCGAAUCUGAGUGCCCUGCACCAUCAUCACCACCAGCAGCAUCAGCACCGGGAAGGCGGUGGAUCACAUAGCCCCUCGUCGCCGGGCGGAGGAGGAGGAGGCUCGCCGUACAACGGAUCCCAGGCGGGCUGCAGCAGCGGCGGCAUUUCGCCCAUUCCUCCCCAGAUGUCGGGUGUUUCGCCCAAGUACCGACGCAGCAUAUCCUUCCCCAUCAAGGGCAAUUCACCAACAGCUCUGUAUGGCAAUCCGCACAUGGAUGGCAUGGGUAGUGGGCACAUGAACAUACCCACCCUGUCGAUUGGAAACGGUGGUGGUGGCGGCGGAGGAUCUGGUGGCAUGAUCUCGGCAGGAGCAACCGGCGGCGGAGAUGCUCCGUAUAUGGGCAACAGCUAUAACAACAUGAUGUCGGCCAACGGGCAGAUGCAUCACGGUGGCAUGGAUAACUCGCUGAGCGACUAUAUGCGCGGCAUGUCGCUGGGCGGCGGAAAUGGUGGUAAUGGAGGUGGCGAUGGUGGCAACAGCAUGGCCCUAAUGCAGGACAGGAUGCGCGUGAUGGGCGGUCCAAAGCAUCUGAGCGAAGCGGAUGCCAUGGCCAUUGCGGCCAGCGGCAAUGAUCCAUCCGUCUACCUGAAUGCCCUCAAGAUGGGCUCGCCAUCGCGUCUUUCUCCGCACUCGCCACACUCGCCCAUCCAGGGUGGGAAUGGUGGAAACGUGGGCGAUGGCACGGCCCGCUUCUCCCGGAAAGUGUUCGUUGGUGGCCUGCCGCCGGACAUUGAUGAGGACGAGAUCACCACUUCGUUCCGACGCUUCGGGCCACUGGUCGUCGAUUGGCCACACAAGGCCGAGUCCAAGUCGUAUUUCCCGCCCAAGGGCUAUGCCUUCCUGCUGUUCCAGGAUGAGAGCAGUGUGCAGCAGCUGAUUGACUCGUGCAUCACGGAUGAGGACAAGCUUUAUCUAUGCGUCUCAUCGCCAACGAUCAAGGACAAGGCGGUGCAGAUUCGUCCUUGGCGCUUGGCCGAUGCGGAUUAUGUGCUGGAUGCCACCAUGUCACUGGAUCCGCGCAAGACGGUGUUCGUCGGCGGAGUGCCGCGUCCGCUCAAGGCCUUCGAGCUGGCCAUGAUCAUGGAUAGGUUGUACGGUGGCGUGUGCUAUGCUGGAAUCGACACCGAUCCGGAGCUCAAGUAUCCCAAGGGCGCUGGCCGCGUGGCCUUCUCGAAUCAACAGAGCUACAUUGCGGCCAUCUCGGCCAGAUUUGUGCAGCUUCAGCAUGGCGAUAUUGACAAGCGGGUGGAGGUGAAGCCCUACGUCCUGGACGAUCAGAUGUGCGACGAGUGCGAGGGCCAGCGUUGUGGUGGCAAAUUCGCGCCCUUCUUCUGCGCCAAUGUCACCUGUCUGCAGUACUACUGCGAACACUGCUGGGCCGUGAUCCAUUCGCGGCCAGGACGCGAGUACCACAAGCCGCUGGUCAAGGAGGGCGCCGACCGGCCGCGUGCUGUGCCCUUUCGCUGGUGUUAACGGCGGCGCUGGUAGGCCGCGCUGCACGACGAGAGACGCCAACAGAGGGAGCAACGACACCGGUGGUUGAACGCAGCGCUGGCAGUGCCCAGAAUCAUCACAGAAGCAUCAGGAUCGGGAGGAGGAGCAGUGGGAGCCGCCGGGCGGAAAAGCGGAUCGGCGGCGGAGAAUCUAGUAAAUUAUCAUUAGAGACAACCACACGAACACACACACGGAUACACUCAGAAAACAAAAGACAAUUGCCGCAGGGGGGAAGGCCCAACCCAGUACCAAAAGGUACGGGGUGCAGGGUGCAAGGUGCAAUACAUCGGGGGCUGGAUGAAGGUGUGUCCCUAAAACAGCCGCCAGAGUCUACAGUCUACAGAGGCGAGAGACAUGAAACGAAAGCCCUCAGAAAGCAACAUAGUUUUAGUAAUUAUUUAUUCGGCAAUCAGUUUUGAUUUGCCCUAUUAGGCCUUUAUUUGUAUAACCAAAAUCUUAGUUUUGUUUUCAUUUUAUGCCUGCACAGUAUUUUUUGUACUUUAUUUUUUAUAACAAUUUUUUUUUGUUCGUUCGUUAAGGGGGAAUUCCCAAAGUUGCCAUUUAAUCUCACAAAGACCACCAAAAAAAAAAAAAGAAAAGGAAUGAAAACGAAUCCAAGCAGGAAGAUUUACUUCCUCGUAGUCAGCCAAAAUCCUCGCAAAAGGCUUAUGUAAUUGUUCCCCCCUAGAUGAUAAACCAAUUUUUUGACCUAGCUAACUUAGAAGCCAUCUUGUAUGCCAAUCGAGGCUAGUCCUAAAAUUAUUAGUGAGCUGCUCUCCCUCUCUCGGAAGGCUUUUUGCUCGAGUUGGUAGGGCUGUCCUUAAGUUCCUAAAUAGUGACAAAAUCAAAAAUCGGCUUUUGUAUUAAUCCUUUCUCUAAUUAGAUCAAUCUAUAAAAUUCUUACGAAAGACUUUCAAAAAGACAAUAUGCAGAAUGUCAGACAUUUUUAUGCGAGCUGUUUCUUAUGCCAUAAUUUGGUGUCUCACUAAGAAAUCAGUUAACCAUAUCAUAUCUAUAUACAAUUUUAAAUGUUGCUCAACAAACAAUCCUAUUGCUAAUCCUUAUUUUUUUUUGUUUCUAUUAAACUAUAGUUAAUACGUGCCAUUAGCUGUUGGCCUUAAAACUAUUCUCCAUUUUUCUAUGGAGAAGAAUCGAAUAUAUUCUUUGUCCAAUAUAUUCGAUUACCUUCCCAACACAUUGCUAAUCCUUGCUAAUUCGAAACAUUUAUAUUACUUGAUAUUUCAACACUUGUUUUAGGCAUGUGAAAAUCGUACAAAGCUAAUACAGAACUCAAAACCAAACAUUGGAUAAACUUAUAAACCAUCUUUAACUCACAAGUCUUUGUCAAGAGGUGGCUUUCACGACGAUUUUCACAUGCCUCAGUUUCUGUAAUGCUUAAAAAUGGAAACUAGUUAAAGCGAUAAAUCACAAUAAUUAAUUAGUUAAAAGCCCACACUCUGCGAAAGGUUUUUCUUUCCUAAUACCGACGGCUCAUUUUUAAUUUUAAUCUAGUCGACUCUCAUACACAUCCAACACAAGACAUAUACACUGAAAGUUUGUUUGCAUUUUUUGCCAUUUGGCAUCACAAAAUAAUAAAAAAAAAUAUAUUGAUAAUUAAAACUAGAGAAACAGUCAAUUUGCUUGUGUUCAGUAUUAUGAUUUAUUUAUGAUUUUCCACUGCAAACGUGUUAUGUCAUAUUUUGCCUUAUUUAUUUAUCAAAUGUUUUCGUUAUUUAAUUUAUGGCAUGUUGCUAACUAAGGGACAGAGGGCUUAUCUCCCAAAGAUAUAGAGGAACGUAUAUUAAUGCAAAUAUAUAUAUGUAAUAUAAAAAACAAUUUUUAUAUACGACAUACAUCUAUUACACUAUGAAUACUUGUAUUAGACAACUUUUUAUAUAGAAACUUUUUGUAUAAACUUUUUUUUUAUUACUCUUAUGAUUAUUCAGAAGUUAGUUUAGUCCAAAUAACUGAAGACGAAAAUAAAAAAACCAAAAAUGCGAAGAUAAAUAGAAAUGCUAAACAUCUAAAGGAAAUUUAAAUAUAUAUACAACUUAUGUGCAAUACUAUUUCGUAAACGAUUCAAUACCAAAUAUAUAAACAACUAUAAAAAGAUAUGUAUCUGUACAAACAUAAAGUAUACAAAAUAAUUGCAAUCGUAUAACCAAAGUAGUCAAAUAUUACCGAUCCCCAAUGAUCACCAAACUUUCAACUAAUUGGCAUGCAUUUUUUGACAUGCGAACGCGGCUUAAAGUUCGCGUUUGGUUUUCUCCCCUGAUUCCUAAAAAAUCAAAUUGAAUAUCUAGACUUAGGGCAAUACUUAUGGAAAAUUAUCAAAAACGAGCAAAAUUAUUUUGUAAAUUAUACGAGUUAAGGGACGUGACAAAAUUUGCUACGGUGCAUGCAAACAAUACGAUAUUUUUUCUAUACUACCAACAAAAGUACUAAAGAUCUAAUUCAAAUUGAAAAACCAAAAACGUGAAAGGCCAGGUUGCUUUGGACUUCUAUGGUAUAUUAUUAAACGAUAGUCAAAUCUAUUAGCAAAUUUUUGCUCGCGCUUUCUUUACAAGACAACCAAAAAAGCUAAACGAAAUUCAAGUCAUGCAAUGUUGUAACUCAAGUUGAUCGCGUGGCACUUUCAAAGAAAAAAACAAGUUUAUAGCAAUUUUUCUAGAAUUUUUAUAUUACAAUGAACUAAAGAAUAUGUAUCAUAUAUAUAUAUACUACAUAUAUAUUUUUUAAACUGCAAAACAAAUUAAUUAGAGAACUCGAAGUGUCGUUUGUUUGUUUUCGUUUUAAUUUUUUAUUUUUAAAUACUUACCGAAAUAACGUGUAUUAAAAGCGAAAGAAUCUACACAAAACGAAAACCAACAAGCCCAAUUAAAUAUUAUAUCAUAUACAGCAGCCUGCUCUAUGUAGUGUUAAACAAUUUGUGCAAAUAUGUAAGCAAACGCGUUGUUCUAAAACUUUCAAAGUAAUUAAAUGCUAGUCUUUAAAAAGGCAAAAUCUGUUACAAAGCAAACACGAAACGGAAACGGUAAUCGGUAAGCGGAAAACGGCAAUCGGUAAAUGGCUAUCGAUAACUGUGCGUAAUGGUGUUUUUUAAUGUAGUAAAAUUUAAUAUUUUAUAGAUUUUUAUACUUUUAUAUAACAUAUACUUUAUACUUUACCUGUUUAACAAAAACUUGAUGAAAUUGUUAAAAAAAAACUUUAAAUGUGCUAUAAAAAAGUAACUUAUCAAACAAAUAUUUUACUAUACCAAAAAAAGUUGAUAGAAGAUGAAAACUCUUUACAGCAAACCGCUCAAUGUUUUUGCUGCUAAUGGCGUAGGAAUCUGGAAUCUUGUGUAGCGUGCUAUAUAAUAUUUAUAUCAUUAAGCAAUCCGUUUUUUAUAUUCUGUUUUAUUUUGUUUCCCUGACUAUUCCAAUAAGCAAAAUCAAUUAAACAAAGACAUUUAAUUUAUCCUACUUCCGAGCUUGAAUUACGGAUAGAAGUCGGAUCGACAAUUUUAGUUUUAUAGAGAAUCUUGUUAUAGAUAAAUGUUUAUGUUGAUUUUUAUAUGGAUCCUGUUGUUAUACCGACUAUGACAAUGAAAAUUUGUAUGCCUAAUUCUUGAAUAUAUUUUUGUAUCUUUUGUAGUUGCUAGUAGUUUCCUGGUAGUUUUAAAAAAACCAACUCCGUUGAGACAUUUUUAUACUUUGUUUUUUAUAACAUUGUAAAUAAAUAAAACUUUUAACUUAGCUGAACCACAGAAAUAUAAGAAAAUAAUAACAAACACAAAACUGUUAGUACAUACAAUUAAAUACUUAAACGAUAAGAAAGACUCUGAAAAGGAAAGUAUUGAAAUUCGAACUUAUUACAAACUUAAAUAUGUUAACUGAACAUCUAAACUGCAAAUUGGUCAAUAUGUGUUUUUAUACCAACCAAAAAAAUGAUAAAAACAAUGGAUAAUUAUAUGAAAUUUAUACGUAGUACAAUUCAAACUUAAAUAAGUGAAUAUUUUUGACAGACCCCAGAUAAAUGCUUCAAAUAAUUGCUAAUGAAAAAAUAAAAUAAAUAGAGAAAUACACUUAAGUCAAACCCUGCGUAGUGCAUUAUGCAAAUUGAAGUCGCAUUUUGAUUUUGCUAGUGAAAACUCUUCAAAAGUAAAAUUGGCAACUAUGGUUGAAAAUACUCCUCGUUUCGGGUUGAACGGCUAACUGAUAGGGUGAAGAGAUAAAUUUGAUUAUUUUUUGAGUAUUUUCAUAGCACAAUUUUUGUACAGUGUAUGGUUUUGUAGCUAGCGAAAGAAAGUAAACCAAACGCGUUUUAAAUAGUAAAUUUUUUAGCCUCAACCCUUUGAGCUGCAGAACGAUGUGAAAUCGAUUUCAAUUUUACGCUAAUUGGAUCAAAGCUUAGAUCGCCGUGAAAAAUAGAAUAAAAUCAGUAAAAGACAAGGUUAUUAAUGAAUAUUAAAAACAACAUUCGGUACCUUUUAAACAUAAUUAAUGAAUUUUAUAAAACAUCAAAUUGAUACUGAGAAAUUGUAGCCUGUAAAGCGAGUGUUAGGCACCCGCACUUCCAUUUUAAUUUGUCUUUGGUGGUGUGCGCUAAAUACAGAGUGACAUACGCCUAUACAUAUACUUACGUCUAUAUGUACAUAUAUAUAAUGUUUAGUACUUUGAAUAAACUGAAAUUGAGCGCCCUUACUAAUGAAUUCCUUUUAGCAAAAUAUUCAAAAAAAAAAAAAAACGAAAAAAAACCAAGCAAAGGCAUAUAAUUUUUUAGCAUUAUACAAGUGAAAAUAUAACUGAAAACUGAAAAAUAAUAUAAACAGUAAACCGAAAAACCAGUUGGCAGAUAUAAAACUAUAUAGUGAAUCAAAUAAAUAAAUAUAUAUAUGACACGUAAUCUGUAUGAAGCGUAUGAAAACAAGAAACUAGCGAAAUAUUCCAUAUUUUAUAGUCAUUUUCAAUAAACGUAAUUUUUUAAUUUUUACAAAAUUAAAGUUGGAAAAAAAAACAAAAAUCAAUAAAAAUAUUUGUAGUUUUCUAAAGCCCGAAAAAUCAAUCUGAAGGGAUAAACUCUGAUUUAGCAUAAUAAUUGUAAACAGUUUCGAUUUCCAAGCGUGUUUUUGCUCCAGAUGUUGAUGCGUUUUCAAAUAAAUUACCAAAAAAUAUGUUUAAAAAAUUGUUACGAAACCCGAAAACCAAAAACAGACCAUAGAUUAAACGUAUGUACUAAAAUAAAUAGAAAUAAAAGUCAAUAACGAAAUAACAAAACUAAAAUAUAUAUUAGAAACAUACGCAAAAAAGUUCUCCCCUCAAUAAAAAACUCAAAAAAUUGAAACUGUAAUAGCAAACCAAGAUAUCAGCAGUACUUCAAUGCAAUAUUUCAAAGGAAACAGAACAAGGAUAACGAAAUAAAUAACAAAAAAAAACCAAGCUCCAAAUCCAGCAAAUCAAAUAUGAAACAAUUUAAUACGAAUAUGUAAUCCCGUAUUGAGGGAAAUAUACAUAUAGGAUUAUAAUAUACACAAAAUAUAUUCAAAACCAAAAUCGUUUUCAAAAGCGCCCCAAGCAUUACACCAAACGAAAAUUCGAAAAUCGGCGGUUGAAUUCGAUAAAACCAAAUUGGACACAAAACACCCCACAUACACACACACUCAGUCACUGAGGCAAAAAUGCAGGUUAUGAAACAAGUAAAUAAAACGUAAAUGGCAAAAAAAAACAUAUAUCUUCAUUCAAAUAAAUAAAAAUACUUUUUCUGGAAUAAUACAAAA